CCCUGAGAGGGGCGGGCUUGGGUUCCGGCCAGUGGGCGGGGCCUCCUUGAGGACCCCGGGCUGGGCGCCGCCGCCGGUUCGUCUACUCUUUCCCUGAGCCGCCUCCUUUCAACCUUGUCAACCAGUCGGCGCGGCCUCUGGUGCAGCGGCGGCGGCUCCUGUUCCUGCCGCAGCUCUCUCCCCUUCUUACCUCCCCACCAGAUCCCGGAGAUCGCUCGCCAUGGCUUUACUUACUGCGGCCGCCCGGCUCUUGGGAACCAAGAAUGCAUCUUGUCUUGUUCUUGCAGCCCGGCAUGCCAGUGCUUCCUCCACGAAUUUGAAAGACAUAUUGGCUGACCUGAUACCUAAGGAGCAGGCCAGAAUUAAGACCUUCAGGCAGCAACAUGGCAAGACGGUGGUGGGCCAAAUCACUGUGGACAUGAUGUAUGGUGGCAUGAGAGGCAUGAAGGGAUUGGUCUAUGAAACAUCAGUUCUUGAUCCUGAUGAGGGCAUCCGUUUCCGAGGCUUUAGUAUCCCUGAAUGCCAGAAACUGCUACCCAAGGCUAAGGGUGGGGAAGAACCCCUGCCUGAGGGCUUAUUUUGGCUGCUGGUAACUGGGCAUAUCCCAACAGAGGAACAGGUAUCUUGGCUCUCAAAAGAGUGGGCAAAGAGGGCAGCUCUGCCUUCCCAUGUGGUCACCAUGCUGGACAACUUUCCCACCAAUCUACACCCCAUGUCUCAGCUCAGUGCAGCCGUUACAGCCCUCAACAGUGAAAGUAACUUUGCCCGAGCAUAUGCACAGGGUAUCAGCCGAACCAAGUACUGGGAGUUGAUUUAUGAAGACUCUAUGGAUCUAAUCGCAAAGCUACCUUGUGUUGCAGCAAAGAUCUACCGAAAUCUCUACAGAGAAGGCAGCAGUAUUGGGGCCAUUGACUCUAAGCUGGACUGGUCUCACAAUUUCACCAACAUGUUAGGCUAUACUGACCAUCAGUUCACUGAGCUCAUGCGCCUGUACCUCACCAUCCACAGUGACCAUGAGGGCGGCAAUGUAAGUGCCCAUACCAGCCACUUGGUGGGCAGUGCCCUUUCAGACCCUUACCUGUCCUUUGCAGCAGCCAUGAACGGGCUGGCAGGGCCUCUCCACGGCCUGGCAAAUCAGGAAGUGCUUGUCUGGCUAACACAGCUGCAGAAGGAAGUUGGCAAAGAUGUGUCAGAUGAGAAGUUACAAGACUACAUCUGGAACACACUCAACUCGGGACGGGUUGUUCCAGGCUAUGGCCAUGCAGUACUAAGGAAGACUGAUCCACGAUAUACCUGUCAGCGAGAGUUUGCUCUGAAACACCUGCCUAAUGACCCCAUGUUUAAGUUGGUUGCUCAGCUAUACAGGAUUGUGCCUAAUGUCCUCUUAGAGCAGGGUAAGGCCAAGAAUCCUUGGCCCAAUGUAGAUGCUCACAGUGGAGUGCUGCUCCAGUAUUAUGGCAUGACGGAGAUGAAUUACUACACGGUCCUGUUUGGGGUGUCACGAGCAUUGGGUGUACUGGCACAGCUCAUCUGGAGCCGAGCCUUAGGCUUCCCUCUAGAAAGGCCCAAGUCCAUGAGCACAGAGGGUCUGAUGAAGUUUGUGGACUCUAAGUCAGGGUAAAACUGGAGACUGGGGGAAAGUGACUACCAGAAAGUGAGGAAGCCUAAAUAAAAAGUAUACUUUUGUUUCAGGGGGCCUUUAAAGACUUAAGGUUAAAUUAUAUCUGAGGCACUGAUAUGUUUGAGGUUAAAAUAUAAAUUAAGACUUUAAAAGAUGAAAAAUGGUCCCUUCCCUAAUAAGCUCCCUUCCCCUGCCUGGUAUGAGUUGCCCAUCAUAGGCAUGGUCCUGGAGGAUGACCAGGACUAAUGCAUGUGGUGAGUAGGUUUGGCCCCCUCACUAUCUCUAGAGUGAGAAUCUGGCUCCUGUUUCCAUGGGUCAAAGCCGGUUGCAGAGAAUCUGCAGUCACUUCAGAGCUUUAGCUUCUUCUCUGCCAAGCCCUCAAUAAGCCAGCAAACCAGGACUCUGCCCCUUCUGUUUCCAUAGGAAUCAUGUUGGAUAGUCAUCUGUACCAAGCCCCUUGGCCCUCUCCCAUGCACACAAACACCUCCUAGCAAGACCUGUUGGUUAGCUGGACAUGGUUUGGCAAUUUUUUUAUACUACCAAGUGACCAUAAAGGCAUGGCAUUUGUUGUGACCGGCACCCAAUGUUUGAUUUCUUUUUUAAAAGCUAUCCAAUUAAAAUUAAGGUCUGGGAGUGUUCUGUUUCCCAUUACUUUAAUACUCACCUCCUCCCAGACUUUCUACACCUGUUACACUUCAGGCUGAGGAUGUUCUAGACCUCCCUCUCUUGGUCCCUACUAGAGACCUCUCAGCAGAUCUGUGGGCCCAGUCAUUGGGUUUUAUCAGUGCUUAAUGUGAACUAAAUUUUUUACUUCCACAGAAUACAAGCCACUACCUUCUGACCUCCCCACCCCGCACCAACCCCCAUCUUUUAAUAUGCUGUGGGGCAUAGAACAGGGACUCUGGAAUGACCAGCAUGAUAUUUUCAGAGUCUUGUCCCUGGGGUAUUAGCACCUCUUUUUGAACAGAGAAUUGAUUCAAGAUUGGACAUGGUCUCCUCUGAUUAUCAGGUACUGGGGCUGAGGGCAUUAAAAAUAGUAAGCCUUGGCUGGGCGCGGUGGCUCACGCCUGUAAUCCUAGCACUUUGGGAGGCUGAGGCGGGCGGAUCACAAGGUCAGGAGAUGGAGACCAUCCUGGCUAAUACAGUGAAACCCCGUCUCUACUAAAAAUAAAAAAAAAAAUUAGCCAGGUGUGGUGGUGGGCGCCUGUAGUCCCAGCUACUCGGGAGGCUGAGGCAGGAGAAUGGCGUGAACCCGGGAGGCGGAGCUUGCAGUGAGCCGAGAUCGUGCCAGUGCACUCCAGCCUGGGUGACAGAGUGAGACUCCAUCUCAAAAAAAAAAAAAAAAAGAAAAAAAAUAGUAAGCCUCCCUCCUGGUCCCCUGCCUCAAGAAAUUGCCUCCUUAAUUAUCAACAUCUUUUUCCUCUCUUUCCCUGAGAGAUCACAGUACAAUGUUUGUUUCAGAAGCCUCAUUAGCACAGGUUUUCAGCAACUCAGAAUGCUCUACUUCUUUUUCUUUGAGAAAGGAUUUCGAUACACUCCUGCUGUGCCCCCAUCUUUCCUCCAAACUCCUGCCUGUGUUUGUGUGGAUACCCAGUCCCAGAACCACACUGUUGAGUUGGACACACUGUAAACCCCUGGGUAACUGUGAAGUCAUGAUGCAGACUUCAGGUUGUUCUGUACAAAAUGCAAAAUAAAUGUUUUUAUUAACAAUG